AUGCCUCUUAAUUUAGCAGGCGUUCGUCAAUACCUAAGUGAUUUGAGAAAUUCAGGAGGCCUACAUAAAGAUCAGGCUGAAAAAUACCGCAAUGUGUUACUUGAAAUUUUAAAAAACCCGGAGGGAGAACUAGCAGAGUGCUUGAAGGCAUUUAUUGAAGCGAUCGUAAAUGAGAAUGUAAGCCUGGUGAUAUCUCGUCAACUGCUUACCGAUGUGAGCACUCAUCUCGCGUUGCUACCAGAUAAUGUUUCACAGGAGGUCUCCCACUUUGCUUUGGAUGUCAUUCAACCAAGAGUUAUAUCUUUUGAGGAACAGGUGGCCAGUAUUAGACAACAUCUAGCAGAUAUAUAUGAAAGAAAUCAAAAUUGGAAAGAAGCGGCCAAUGUUCUGGUUGGCAUUCCAUUGGAGACUGGACAAAAACAAUAUUCAGUGGAUUAUAAGUUGGAGACAUAUUUAAAGAUAGCUCGGCUUUACCUUGAAGUAGAUGACCCAGUACAGGCAGAGGCGUUUGUGAACAGAGCUUCAUUGCUACAAGCUGAAACAACCAAUGAGCAGUUACAGAUAUAUUAUAAAGUCUGUUACGCAAGAGUCUUAGAUUAUAGGAGAAAAUUCAUUGAAGCAGCUCAGAGGUACAAUGAACUGUCUUAUCGUAACAUAAUACAUGAGGAUGAAAGAAUGACAUGUCUUAGGAAUGCACUUAUAUGUACAGUGCUGGCAUCGGCUGGUCAGCAAAGAUCUCGAAUGCUUGCAACAUUGUUCAAAGAUGAACGCUGCCAACAAUUGCCAGCAUAUUCCAUAUUAGAAAAAAUGUACCUGGAUCGCAUCAUACGACGCUCAGAACUACAUGAGUUUGAAGCCCUAAUGCAGACUCACCAAAAAGCAACUAUGUCAGAUGGGUCGACCAUUUUGGACCGAGCAGUCUUCGAACACAACUUACUGUCAGCCAGUAAAUUAUACAACAACAUAACGUUCGAGGAGCUCGGAGCUCUAUUAGAGACACCUCCAGCAAGAGCUGAACGCAUCGCCUCACACAUGAUCAGUGAGGGAAGAAUGAAUGGGUACAUUGACCAGAUCAGCGCUGUAGUGCACUUUGAAACUCGUGAAAUUCUCCCGCAAUGGGACAAACAAAUCCAAAGUCUCUGCUAUCAAGUUAACGGGCUCAUAGAACAGAUAGCUGCCGCAGAACCAGAGUGGAUGGCCAAGCUCAUGGAAGAAGAAAUGAUUCAAUGA